AUGCCUUAUUCUCUGAAAGGUCGCAAUGUCCUAAUCACCGGUGGCUCUCGAGGCUUAGGAGCUCUUGUAGCUAACAAAUUCGCCGCUGAGGGAAGUAACGUCGCCAUCAACUAUGUGUCAAACAAGGAGACAGCCGAUCAAGUUGCCUCCGAAAUCGCAAGUAACUAUGGAGUCAAGACCAUCGUUGUGCAGGGUGACGCGGGAAGUCAGGCCGAAUGCACUGAUGUUGUCAAAGCAACUAUUGAACAAUUGGGUGGCUUGGAUGUCGUGAUCUCGAACGCGGGAUGGACUAAGAUGGUCAACUUUGCCGACUUGGACGCAAUGGAUGACGCAGACUGGGACAAGUGCUGGAAUAUCAAUGUCAAGAGCAGCUUCUAUCUUUUCAAAGCCGCUUUGCCCACUUUCAAUGCUAAUCCUGAGGGGGGUGCCUUCAUCAUCACUUCGUCAACUGCUGGUGUCACCCCGAGCGGUAGCAGCUUGCCAUAUGCCGUCACCAAGGGAGCUGUGAUCCACCUCAUGAAAUGUCUUGCACAUACUCAGGGCCCUAAGGUCCGAGUUAAUGCCGUCCUUCCGGGUCUGCUAUUGACUGAAUGGGGCCAGCGAUUCACUUCCGAUCAGAUCGAUGGAUGGAAGGGCAGGACAGCUCUCAAGCGGCUACCUGAAGUCGAAGACACCGCAGAUCUCUACAUUUCCACCGCGAAGAACUCUUCUAUGACGGGACAGGCUGUUCAGAUCGAUGCUGGGUUCGCUUUCAAAUAG